CAUCUGUACAGCAGUGGUUCACAGAGGAGGGGGUCUGAGAGAGAGACAGAGAGGGUUGGCUCACUCUUUACCUCUCCUCCCUCUACUUUCUCUCCCAACACAACACCGCACACACACAGCCUCUCCAGCUCUCCAAAGCAACAGGCGAGAAGAAGGAAGAGAAAAGAGAGCAGCUCCAGCAACUUUCUUCGUUGUUUUUUUUUCUCCCUCUAUUUGCGCCCGAGGGGGCGACGAGAGGCUUCCAUAAAACAUGGGAAACGUGGCGCUUUUUCAGACGGAUCGCUUGGAUAUGAGAGGGAAGUGAAAACAGGAGGGGAGGACGCGCUUCUUAUUUUAUGAGACGUCAAAGUUUUCCGUCGGUUAACGAAGCAGGCGCCUGUGAGCCUUUCUCUCCCCCCCGUCCUCACACACACCCCACCUCAGCUUGGUGACUGCAUGUCCCCGGGUCUCUGCGGAGGGCAGUGAAAGGAUGCCAGGAUGCCCUGUCUGAUCUCCCGUCUGCUCGUCCUCUGGCUGAGCGUGCACAGGCUGGUGUGGUGCUCGGAGCGCGCGUCCUCCGCCCGCGAGCGCUUCAAGGUGGUCAUCGCGCCUGUCAUCUGCAAGCGGAUCUGCCUGAACGGACAGUGCCACGACCGGUGCGAGCAGGGCAACAACACCACGCUGAUCGCCGAGAACGGCCAGGGGGCCGACACGCUCAUCGGACAGGGCUUCAGGGUCGUUGUGUGUCCGCUGACAUGCAUGAACGGAGGGGUGUGCAGCUCCAGGAAGCACUGCCUGUGCCCUCCCGGCUUCACUGGCCGACUCUGCCAGUUUCCACUCCAGCAGCCUCAGGCAGCCCACGGCAACCGGCAGCCCGUGUACCCCGCAUCUCUGAAUCCAGACGGCCAAAAGCUGGUGGAGCACACAGCCGUCGGGCGCACUCAGCUCACACAGACGCACUCGGUUUUCACUCUGCCUCUGUCACAAGCGGGGCACCACUCAUCAGAAGUGCAGAUUAAUGUUCGUGUUCACCACACACCAGACACCUCAGUCGUCAUUCAGCCUCCCGACCAGUCGGAUGCCAAGCCUCCUCACAAGACAGGGCUGUGGCAGAUCCCGUCACGACACAAACCCAAGGGGCGCUGCUUUCAGGAGACCACACCCAAACAGGCUUGCAACAGCACCCCACUUCCUGUUCUGACCAAUCAAGAAGAUUGCUGCGGCAGCGUGGGAAACUCCUGGGGACAAAACAAGUGUUAUCAGUGCCCCAAAUUACCAAAUCCAUCAGUCAAACAGACAAUUGUAGAAGAUUACGGCUCGACCUGUCCACAAGGUUAUAAAAGAUUUAACAGCACUCACUGCCAAGACAUCAACGAGUGCUCCCUGCAGGGCGUCUGUCAGAACGGAGAAUGUCUCAACACUCUGGGCAGUUUCAAAUGUUCCUGCAAGUCGGGUUUUGUCUUGGAGAGGAAUCGGUGUGUUGAGUCUCUGCCUGAGCAAGCUCAGUGCUUCCGGAUAGUGUCUGAGGCCAGGGGCUGCGAGCACCCUCUGCAGAACCAGAUCACCAGGAAGAUGUGCUGCUGCACGGUGGGCAAGGCCUGGGGCAAUAAAUGUGAAAUGUGUCCUCAGGUGGGCACAGCGGCCUUCAUGCAGAUCUGCCCUGCAGGGAAAGGCUACGUUUUUCAGAGUAUAACAGAAACUGUUGCCUUGCCUCCCAUCAUCUUUCCUCCCAAUCCACCACUCGUGACAGAGAAGCCUCCUGACCCGACCACAGAGCAGCAGGCCUCUGUCAGUCCACGUGUACCCGUUGUUAAGCCCACCCCUCCUCCGCUUGUCCGAAUCCCCCCAGGCAAUGACCCCUUCGAAACAGUGACAUAUAGCCAAGAGGAGACAGAUGAAUGUGGGCAAAGCAGAAACAUUUGUGGUCGUGGAGAGUGUGAAAACAGCCCAAACGGCCACAUCUGUCACUGUUUCCCCGGCUACCGUCUGAACCCGCAGAGGAACAUCUGUGAGGAUGAUAACGAGUGUGAAUCGGAGCCGUGCGGCCACGGUAGAGGCCGCUGUGUCAACACAGAAGGGACGUACAAAUGCCACUGUCGUCCCGGUUAUAAACACUUGGUGCUGCAUGGAAGACUUAAAUGCACAGAUGUGAACGAAUGCUUUAAACAAGACAUCUGCGGCGUGGGGGGCCGCUGUGUGAACCUGCCUGGUUCUUAUAAAUGUGAAUGUCACAGCGGCUUCAGGGCCAAGUCACACCGGUAUCCAGCCUGUGAAGAUAUUAAUGAGUGUUUGAGUUCAGAUGCUUGUCCCAACGAGCAGUGUGAGAACACACCUGGYUCCUAUGAGUGUAUGCCUUGCUUACCUGGUUAUGAGGCCCACGCUGGCACCUGCUAUGACAUUAAUGAGUGUCUAAAGCCCAACGUCUGUCCUAAYGGCCGCUGUGAGAACCUCCCUGGGACUUACCGAUGCCUCUGCAAUGAGGGCUUCCUCCAUUCUGCAGACAGCAAGAGCUGUGGUGAUAUUGACGAGUGUGAGGACAAUCGGCUGUGCGCUUACGGUCGCUGCAUCAACACGGAAGGCUCCUUUAAGUGCCAAUGUUACCCAGGAUACCAGCGCACGCAGGAGGGCAGCCACUGCGAAGACAUYAACGAGUGUGAGAGGCCAUCAAGCUGCCUCAGGGGCCGCUGCAUCAACAGCAUGGGCUCAUACCAAUGUGAGUGCCAGAAGGGAUACACCCUGGUUGGAGGCAGGGAAUGCCAAGACAUUGACGAAUGUGCUGUAGACAGGAAUCUCUGCCAGCCCUAUGGCUCAUGCGAGAACAGACCUGGAUCAUACGUAUGUGUCUGCAAUCAUGGCUAUGUCCUCUCAGAGGACAGACACAGCUGUGAGGCCGUUCGAAUGCUGACAGACGAGAAGAAGGAGUGCUACCUGAACCUGGACGACACGGUGUUCUGCGACAGCGUCCUGGCCAUCAACGUCACCAAACAGGAGUGCUGCUGCUCCAUUGGGAUGGGAUGGGGAGAUCACUGUGAGAUCCACCCUUGCCCUGUCUCCCACUCAGCUGAGUUCCACUUCCUCUGUCCACAUGGACAAGGKUUCUACAGUGAGCAGCAAAUCCAGUACAGCCUGCCUGCGUAUCAUGAUAUUGAUGAGUGUUCCCUGUUUGCUGAGGAAAUCUGUAAAAAGGGUCGUUGUGAAAACACACUGCGAGGCUACGAGUGCUACUGUCAGCAAGGUUUCUACUACGACAGCAACCUGCUGGAGUGCAUAGACGUGAACGAGUGUCAUGAUGAGUCUCUGUGUGAYAACGGUCAGUGCGUCAACACAGAAGGAGGCUUCUACUGCGUCUGUAACUGGCCCUGGACCCCAGACUCUAACAAGAAGAAAUGCGUGAUGGCGACAGUAGCAGAUGUGAAUGAGUGCGACGAUCCAGAGAACUGUAAGAAUGGCAGAUGUGUGAACACUGUGGGGUCGUACUACUGUAUUUGUUCUCCACCCUGGACCCUGGCCAUCGACCGCAACAGCUGCGUGACUCCCGAGGAGCAGGCGGAUGUGAAUGAGUGCCAGGACCCCUCAUACUGUAAGAAUGGGAGGUGUGAAAACACGCCGGGCUCCUUUCACUGUUUUUGCGACCCUCCCCUCACCUUCAGCGCAGCACUGAAACAGUGCGUCUAUGACGAUCGCACCGCGGCACACAAAGAUGUGUGUUUCGUGCAGGUUGACGAGGGUCUCAUCUGCAGCCGGCCCAUCGAUGUGGUGGUGACUUACUCGGAGUGCUGUUGUCACUACGGUCGAGGCUGGGGGCCUGAAUGCAACACGUGUCCCACCAGGAACUCGGAGAUGUUCAGUCGUCUGUGUGAGAUGCAUCUGGAGACAGAGUCAGACGGGGAUCAGGAUUUCCUGGCAGCCUUUGCCAACUACAACCCAGGCGACAGUUCAGAGGAGGAUUCGGAUGAGUGCAGCUGCACAAACGGCCGCUGUGUCCGUUCUUAUCUGGGCACCAUGUGUGAAUGUAACACAGGCUUCAGGCUAGACCACUCCCGCUCUCGUUGUAUAGACAUCGACGAGUGUGCAGAACCAGGCCCUCGCAUCACAUCCUGCAAGAACGCUCGCUGCGUAAACACUUACGGCUCGUACAAGUGCUACUGCAAGCACGGCUUCGUGCCCACGCGUCGGCAAAACGUGUGUGCCCGUCGGAGAACUCAGUAACCUCAGCGUGUUCUAUGCAGCAACGCAUCCACCACCUGGAAUAAAACAAAUUUUAAAAAUCAUGCUGUGCUCAGAAUUCUCAUCGUGGAAAAAUAAGGUGUCCUUAAAAACAGUGUUUCUCUGCAAUCUCUCUCAUAAAAACGGACAAACAUAUCAUUUUCAGCUCAUCUUUCACUUUACAAAGUAAUCGGACUAGAAAAAUGUUUGUUCAUUAGUUAAACCUUUUUUGUAAUUAUUGUUUUCUAAACUGUUUUUGUAAUUUGUUUUUGAAUUGUAUAUUUUUUGCCAUUUUGUUUUUGGUCUCUCCCAUCGCAGUGAUUAUAAUUUUAAUCUCUGGAAGUAAGUUAGAUUCAUAAAGUGAACAAAGAAACAGAAAAAAGCUCUUCUAUGGUAUUUCUUUUGUCUUCAACUCGUUCAAAAUCUGGAGUGUGAGAGAAGAACUUUUAUAUCAUUUAGUAUUGCUUUUUACAUUCCCCUUAGAGUCCACGCUGCCAUGUUUAAAUGACAUUAUUUGAAGCAUAUUUUCUACAGUAAUUAUAUAUUGUUAUUGUACAGUUGGUUCAUUAGAUCGGUCCCUAUGCUUGUCUGUUUACUUGAUGUAAAAUUUGAAAAACUUGAGGUUCUGUUUGUUUGACAAAGUGCACUUAUCUGGACUUCAUAUGAACAAGGCAAAAAAAGAAAGGUUUGUGCACAACAUAAUGAAUACUGUAUAUUGGGAAUAUUUACAAAAAUGUAGCUUCUGUUGGAAAUUCAAGAAAGAUGAUAUUUGCUGCGCCAAAGCACCCGGGAAACCAAAGAAGCUGUUGGGAAGACAAGAAUUUAAUAAAAAAAUUGUAAAAGAUUUUUAAACAAA